AUGAAUACCUCUCGGACGCCCAAGCCGCCUCGUCGGAACUCCGUGGCCCGAUCAAUGAAUUCGGCGACAUCACCCUCCUCCGACGGUUCGACAGCUGCCCAAAAUGGGAUCUCAAGUAUCGAAUCUCAAGAUCUUGAGCUUCAGAAAAAGCGAGCACGGGACCGAAAAUCCCAACAGGCUAUGCGAGAUCGUAACAAGUGGGCGAUUCACAAUUUGACGGAACAAGUCGCAAUGCUCACCCGCGCCGUCGAGGAACGAAGCCACCAGACAGCCGCCCUCCAUACUCGUGUGGCUACUCUUGAAGUCGAGAAUUCACAGCUGCGGACACAGAAUGCCGCGCUCCAGCUCAGCUUGAUGGGGCGAGAGGGUAGCACCACACCUUCGAGUGGACUGCUGACCAUGAGUCGCGAGCCCUGGGAGACAGCACCCAAGAACGCACCAUCCACGUGCCUCGCAGAUGAGAUACUACAAGGCUUCAUUGCUUCUGUCAGGACUGACAACUUGCUGUCGGCAAUGAGCGUGACGGAAAGGGCAGCAGCGUACUCUCUGAAGCCCAAACUCUGCUCACUCAUCGAACCUGACAGGAGCACGGAGGAUGACAUUAGCAAUGUCGCAGCGGAUAUGGUGCGAUCAUAUCCCGAGAUCGAGACGCUGCCGAAGCAGGUCGCUGUUUUCUGGAACAUGGUACUGCUUCUCAAGGUCGGUUCGGGCUUUGGUGCCCACUUUGAAUCAUUGCAUGCCUCGCUAACAUUGGCCCAGUGGAUGGUUCUCCUAGAUCAGCAGAGUUGGGAUCUGAUGCCCGAAUGGCUGCGUCCGACCCCAAGCCAACGCGAAACUCCCCACGCAGCCUGGAUCGAUCGCAUACCUUGGCCUCGAGCGCGUGAAUACCUGAUCGCACACCCCGACAUCACUCUUGAUGACUGGGCUGCCCCCUACAGCUCAAGCUUUGACGUAAGCUGGACAUACGAUCCUUCGCUUGUGGUCAUAGCCUGCAUAGCGCCUGAUUCGGGCAAUCCUGAGCUGUCGAUUAAUCCUGUCUACGAAGAGCACCUGCGACAACUCAGGAAUUGGACCGUGGGCGACGUUUUCCGGCAACAAUUUCCAGAAAUUUCAAAACUUGUCGACGAGGAUACUGCAUCCUGA